CGCGGGAGUAAAGGUCGCGCCGGCGGAGAGCGAGCCGGCUGCGGCGCCUCCAGGAAGCCGGCAGGACAGGUUGGAGAAAAGGGGAAAGAACCGAGAAACUCUCGAACAGCCCAGGAAGAUGGCGCCAGGAGGGCCGGCCAUGGACUGAGAGCCUCCGGGGCCGCGAAGAGCCGGACCCGCCCCCCAUUGGGGCACGAGCGAGGGCAGCCCGCCAGGCACCGAGCUCGAGCCCGGGCCCGGCCCGGCCUGCGGGGUCAUGUCGGUCAGUGAGCUCUACAGCCAGUACACGAGAGUCUGGAUCCCAGACCCAGAUGAAGUGUGGCGCUCCGCUGAAUUAACCAAGGACUACAAGGAGGGUGAGAAGAGCCUCCAGCUCAGACUGGAAGAUGAAACUAUUCAGGAGUACCCCAUUGACGUCCAGAAGAACCAGCUUCCCUUCCUGCGGAAUCCAGAUAUCCUGGUGGGAGAAAAUGACCUAACUGCCUUGAGCUAUCUACACGAGCCUGCAGUUUUGCACAAUUUAAAGGUCCGUUUCCUGGAGUCCAACCAUAUCUACACUUACUGUGGUAUCGUGCUUGUUGCCAUUAAUCCUUAUGAACAGUUGCCAAUCUAUGGUCAAGAUGUCAUCUAUGCCUACAGUGGCCAGAACAUGGGGGACAUGGACCCUCACAUCUUUGCUGUGGCAGAGGAAGCCUACAAGCAGAUGGCCAGAGACGAGAAGAACCAGUCCAUCAUAGUCAGUGGGGAGUCUGGAGCUGGCAAGACCGUGUCAGCCAAGUAUGCCAUGCGCUAUUUUGCCACCGUGAGUGGCUCCGCCAGUGACACCAACAUCGAAGAGAAGGUGCUGGCAUCCAGUCCCAUCAUGGAGGCCAUUGGAAAUGCUAAAACCACACGCAAUGACAACAGCAGCCGUUUUGGAAAGUACAUUCAGAUUGGCUUUGACAAGAGGUACCACAUCAUUGGGGCCAACAUGAGGACGUACCUGUUGGAGAAGUCCAGAGUGGUCUUUCAGGCAGAUGAUGAGAGGAAUUACCACAUCUUUUACCAGCUCUGUGCUGCUGCCAGUCUCCCAGAAUUUAAAGAGCUUGCACUAACCUGUGCAGAGGACUUCUUCUAUGCGUCACAAGGAGGAGACACAUCCAUCGAGGGUGUGGAUGAUGCUGAGGACUUCGAGAAGACUCGACAAGCCUUCACUCUCCUUGGAGUGAGAGAGUCCCAUCAGAUAAGCAUUUUUAAGAUAAUUGCUUCCAUCCUACACCUUGGAAAUGUGGAGAUUCAGGCCGAGCGUGAUGGUGAAUCCUGUAGUAUAUCACCCGGGGAUGAGCACCUAAGCAACUUCUGCAGACUGCUUGGGGUGGAGCACGGCCAGAUGGAGCACUGGCUGUGCCAUCGCAAGCUGGUCACCACCUCAGAGACCUACGUCAAGACCAUGUCCCUGCAGCAGGUGGUCAACGCGCGAAACGCACUGGCCAAGCACAUCUACGCCCAGCUGUUCGGCUGGAUCGUGGAGCACAUCAACAAAGCCCUGCACACCAGCCUCAAGCAGCAUUCCUUCAUCGGAGUCCUGGACAUCUACGGGUUCGAAACAUUUGAGGUGAACAGCUUUGAGCAGUUUUGUAUCAAUUAUGCAAACGAGAAGCUCCAGCAGCAGUUCAACUCGCAUGUAUUCAAGCUGGAGCAAGAGGAGUACAUGAAGGAGCAGAUCCCUUGGACCUUGAUUGAUUUUUAUGAUAACCAACCCUGUAUCGACCUCAUAGAGGCUAAGCUGGGCAUCUUGGACCUGUUGGAUGAAGAAUGUAAGGUCCCCAAAGGAACUGACCAGAACUGGGCUCAGAAGCUCUAUGACCGACACUCAGGCAGCCAGCACUUCCAGAAACCCCGCAUGUCCAACACGGCCUUCAUCGUCGUCCACUUUGCAGAUAAGGUGGAGUACCUUUCAGAUGGUUUUCUGGAGAAAAACAGAGACACGGUGUACGAAGAGCAGAUCAACAUCCUGAAGGCCAGCAAGUUCCCACUCGUGGCUGACUUGUUCCAUGAUGACAAAGACUCUGUUCCUGCCACCGCCUCAUCGUCAAAGAUCAGUGUUCGUUCAGCCAGACCCCCCUUGAAAACCUCUAACAAGGAGCACAAGAAGACCGUGGGCCACCAGUUCCGCACCUCCCUGCACCUGCUCAUGGAGACCCUGAACGCCACGACACCUCACUACGUCCGCUGCAUCAAGCCCAACGAUGAGAAGCUCCCCUUCCACUUCGACCCAAAGAGAGCUGUGCAGCAGCUCCGAGCAUGUGGGGUGCUGGAGACCAUUCGCAUCAGCGCAGCCGGCUACCCGUCCAGGUGGGCCUACCAUGACUUCUUCAACCGGUAUCGGGUGCUAAUCAAGAAGAGAGAGCUCGCUAACACAGACAAGAAGGCCAUCUGCAGGUCUGUGCUGGAGAGCCUCAUCAAGGAUCCUGACAAGUUCCAGUUUGGCCGCACCAAGAUCUUCUUCCGGGCGGGCCAGGUGGCCUACCUGGAGAAGCUUCGGGCUGACAAGUUCCGGGCAGCCACCAUCAUGAUCCAGAAAACCGUCCGGGGCUGGCUGCAGAAGGUGAAGUACCGCAGGUUGAAGGGGGCUACCUUAACCCUGCAGAGGUACUGCCGAGGACUCCUGGCCCGCAGGCUGGCCGAGCACCUGCGGAGAACCCAGGCGGCCGUGGUGCUCCAGAAGCAGUACCGCAUGCAGAGGGCCCGCCAAGCCUACCAGAUGGUCCGCAGGGCUACUGUCGUCAUCCAGGCCUUCGCUCGGGGCAUGUUUGUGCGGAGAAUCUAUCACCAGGUCCUCAGGGAGCACAAGGCCACCAUCAUCCAGAAGCACGUGCGGGGCUGGAUGGCUCGCAGACACUUCCAUCGGCUGCGGGGUGCGGCCAUUGUCAUCCAGUGUGGCUUCCGGAGGCUCAGGGCCAAGCAGGAGCUGAAAGCCCUGAAGAUAGAGGCCCGCUCAGCAGAGCACCUGAAACGCCUCAACGUGGGCAUGGAGAACAAGGUGGUCCAGCUGCAGCGCAAGAUCGACGACCAGAACAAAGAGUUCAAGACACUGUCAGAGCAGCUGUCAGCAGUCACCUCCACACACGCCAUGGAGGUGGAGAAGCUGAAGAAGGAGCUGGCCCACUACCAGCAGAGCCAGGGUGAGGACAGCAGCCCACAGCUGCAGGAAGAGGUCAAGAGCCUGCGGAUGGAGCUGCAGAGGGCCCACUCGGAGCGCAAGGUCCUGGAGGACACCCACACCCGGGAGAAGGAUGAGCUGAGAAAGCGAGUUGCAGACCUGGAGCAAGAAAAUGCUCUGUUGAAAGAUGAGAAAGAACAGCUUAACAACCAAAUCCUGUGCCAAUCCAAAGACGACUUUGCCCAGAACUCAGUCAAGGAAAACCUCCUGAUGAAGAAGGAGCUGGAGGAGGAGCGCUCCCGGUACCAGAACCUGGUGAAGGAGUAUUCCCGGCUGGAGCAGAGAUAUGACAACCUGCGGGAUGAGAUGACCCUUGUCAAGCAAACCCCAGGCCACAGGCGGAACCCAUCAAACCAAAGCAGCUUAGAGUCUGACUCUAAUUACCCCUCCAUCUCCACAUCUGAGGUUGGAGACACAGAGGAUGCCCUCCAACAGGUAGAGGAAAUCGGCCUGGAGAAGGCAGCCAUGGACAUGACAGUCUUCCUGAAGCUGCAGAAGAGAGUGAGGGAGCUUGAGCAGGAGAGGAGGAAGCUGCAGGUACAGUUGGAGAAGAGAGAACAGCAGGACGGCAAGAGAGUCCCGGCGGAACAACCAAAGAAUGACUUAGAGCUGGACCAGGAUGCAGAUCUAGCCUACAAUAGCCUGAAGAGGCAGGAGCUGGAGUCGGAGAACAAGAAGCUGAAGAAUGAGCUGAAUGAACUGAGGAAAGCCGUGGCCGACCAAGCCUCAGCGCACACGGCCGCCCACGGCGCCCCAGAUGGCUAUAGCCUCCUGCUGAACCAGCUGAAGCUGGCCCACGAGGAGCUGGAGGUGCGCAAGGAGGAGGUGCUCAUCCUGAGGACCCAGAUCGUGAGUGCGGACCAGCGCCGCCUGGCGGCCAAGAGCUCGGAGCCGAACAUCAAUGCCAGAACAAGCUGGCCUAACAGCGAAAAGCAUGUGGAUCAGGAAGACGCUAUCGAGGCCUAUCACGGGGUCUGCCAGACUAACAGCAAGACUGAGGAUUGGGGAUACUUGAAUGAAGAUGGAGAGCUCGGCUUGGCCUACCAAGGCCUAAAGCAAGUUGCCAGGUUGCUGGAGGCCCAGCUGCAGGCCCAGAGCCGUGAGCAUGAGGAGGAGGUGGAGGGUCUCAAGGCCCAGGUGGAGGCCCUGAAGGAGGAGCUGGACAAGCAGCAGCAGACCUUUUGCCAGACGCUGCUGCUCUCCCCAGAGGCACAGGUGGAGUUUGGCGUCCAGCAGGAGAUAUCCCGGCUGACUAACGAGAACCUGGACCUUAAAGAACUGGUUGAAAAGCUGGAAAAGAAUGAGAAGAAGCUCAAAAAGCAAUUAAAGAUUUACAUGAAGAAAGUCCAGGACCUGGAAGCUGCCCAGGCACUGGCGCAGAGUGAGAAGAGGCGCCAUGAGCUCAACAGGCAGGUCACCGUGCAGCGGAAAGAGAAGGACUUCCAGGGCAUGUUGGAAUACCACAAGGAGGACGAGGCCCUGCUCGUUCGGAAUCUGGUGACAGAGCUGAAGCCCCAGGCCCUGGCGGGCACAGUGCCCUGCCUCCCAGCCUACAUCCUCUACAUGUGUAUCAGGCAUGCGGACUACGUGAACGAUGACCUCAAGGUGCACUCCCUGCUGACCUCCACCAUCAACGGCAUCAAGAAAGUCCUCAAGAAGCACAAUGAUGACUUUGAGAUGACAUCAUUCUGGUUAUCCAAUACCUGCCGCCUCCUGCAUUGCUUGAAGCAGUACAGCGGCGAUGAGGGCUUCAUGACUCAGAACACCGCCAAGCAGAACGAGCACUGCCUUAAGAACUUUGACCUCACUGAAUACCGCCAGGUGCUGAGCGACCUUUCCAUUCAGAUCUACCAGCAGCUCAUUAAAAUCGCUGAGGGCCUGUUGCAGCCCAUGAUAGUGUCUGCCAUGUUGGAGAACGAGAGCAUUCAGGGUCUAUCCGGUGUGAAGCCAACGGGCUACCGGAAGCGCUCCUCCAGCAUGGCGGAGGGGGAUAGCUCGUACUGUCUGGAAGCCAUCAUCCGCCAGAUGAAUUCCUUUCACACAAUCAUGUGUGACCAGGGCCUGGACCCUGAGAUCAUCCUGCAGGUGUUCAAACAGCUCUUCUACAUGAUCAACGCCGUGACACUCAACAACCUGCUUCUGCGGAAGGACGUCUGCUCGUGGAGCACAGGCAUGCAGCUCAGGUACAACAUAAGUCAGCUGGAGGAGUGGCUUCGAGGAAGAAACCUGCACCAGAGUGGAGCUGUUCAGACCAUGGAACCUCUGAUCCAGGCAGCCCAGCUCCUGCAGUUAAAGAAGAAAACCCCUGAGGACGCCGAGGCCAUCUGCUCCCUGUGCACUGCCCUCAGCACCCAGCAGAUUGUCAAAAUUUUGAACCUUUAUACUCCUCUGAAUGAAUUCGAAGAACGGGUAACAGUGGCCUUUAUACGAACAAUCCAGGCACAACUGCAAGAGCGGAAUGAUCCUCAGCAACUGCUGUUAGACUUCAAGCACAUGUUUCCUGUUUUGUUCCCAUUUAAUCCAUCUUCUCUGACCAUGGACUCCAUCCACAUCCCAGCGUGUCUCAACCUGGAGUUCCUCAAUGAAGUCUGAAAAAUGCACAUUUCCAGCUUUGGAUUAAUUGCCAAUGAGAGCAUGAAGGAAGGAUAGAGUAAAGUGAAUUUAAGGAUCUGUUAAAUCUAUAAAAGUAGAUCAAAUCAGAGGUUGAGCGCUUGUGCAGAGUGAGCUAUACAGAAUAAGACACAUCUGUCCUUAUAUUUUGUAUCUACCGCUCAGAAUAAAAACACUUGAAAUAUGGAA